AUGUCGAAGUUUCAGGCUUCCGAACAAGAAGAUGUUUCGUUUGGACAGGACAUUCGAAGAGAUCAACAACUUUUCACGGAACGGGCCAGUCAAGUUAGUUUUUUUUGAGGUUACGGGGGGAGGAACAAAACUAACAGGUGAGAUUAGAGCUUCAUUGAAAACUAUUGGGUAAAGUUUUUAAUUCAUAAUUACUAUUGAUGUUAGAGGAAAGUUGUUUAUAAAUUACUAUGUGUUUGAUUAUAUGGAGCUCUGAAUUACACUUGAAGCUAUAGGAUCAGCUUCCAGAUUUUAUUGAAAAACAAACUAUGAAAUAUUUCAUAGGUAGAAAGAUUUUUUCAUAGUUUUAUGCACGCGAUUUUCAGUUUGUUUUGAAUUUAUUUUUUUUUCUUUUAUGAUCUAUGUCUCAUUAAACUUCACAAUUUGUAUUCCCAGGCGUAACUUUUUUAAAAGAACUCUUUUUUUCACGUCAGCUUAGCUGCGAAAAAUAGGGUUUUCUUCAAAAUUAAGAAUUUUUGAGGAUUUUCUGACUGUUUCGCCUAGGGGCACCGCCCAAAAAAAAAGAAAUGAAAUAAGAUCACGUUAUUUUUUUCUCCAAAGAAAAAAAAUUCCACGUGUUACAAAAAAAAUUGCCACGACUUAUUUGUGACGUGUAGAUCUUAUCUUGUUGCUAUAAAAGAAGGCUCUGAAAUCAGUCAAAUCAACCCAUAGUUCAAUCAACAACAAUGGCUCAAUCUGUCCCACCAGGAGAUAUCCAAACUCAACCAAAUGCCAAGAUCGUCUUCAAUGCUCCAUACGACGACAAACAUACCUACCACAUCAAGGUUAUCAACUCGUCUGCUCGUCGUAUUGGAUACGGUAUCAAGACAACCAACAUGAAGAGACUUGGAGUUGAUCCACCAUGUGGAGUUUUGGACCCAAAAGAAGCUGUCCUUUUGGCUGUUUCCUGUGAUGCUUUUGCUUACGGACAAGAAGACACCAACAAUGAUCGUAUCACUGUUGAAUGGACCAACACUCCAGAUGGUGCUGCCAAACAAUUCCGUCGUGAAUGGUUCCAAGGAGAUGGUAUGGUUCGUAGAAAGAACUUGCCAAUCGAGUACAAUCCAUAAGCACCUUUAAUAAAUCUUCAGAUCCAGAAUUUUGUUUUUUGUUGUUGUUGAUCUUUUCCGGUUUUCCCGUUGUCCGAGAGUUUUCUGACUUUUUUCCGGCGGUUCAUUUAACUUGGAACCCCAGUUGCAUGGAGGACUCACAACGAAUCUUUGAAAUCUGAAAAUAUUUCUCUGCGUCUCCCAGAAACCCUGUUCUGCCCCAAUAUGUUAUCUGAACUUUCUCCAACUUGGAUUUCUAGAUCGAAUGUUUUUCUUUGAAUUUCCAAGCAUGUUUUCGAUUCAUUUGAAAAUCUUCUCACCGAAUUUUUCAAAAAAAAAGUAUUCCAAAAUUUAUUUGUGAAUUUUUCCAGCUUUAUCGUUAUCAAUUUCUUCUUUGAAUCUUCUUUGAACACUUCCUUGUUGUCCAGUCUAGUUUGAUGUGUCAAAUUUCAAAGUCCAAAGCAUUUGCUCCUCUUCAACCCACAUUUUCCAGGGAAUGUCAAUAGUUUGCACAUUGAUUCAUUUGAUUCAAUCAACAUUUCGCCCUCCAAAAUGUUGUCAACAAAAUCUAAUCAUCGGUUUGCCGCAAGUUCAACCUUAUGAUAAUUUUCGUUAUGUUCGACUCGAAUCUCAAAAAUCUGAAAAUGAAAUUUGGCACAAAACACCGUAUCCGGUUUAUAAUGUGUGA